CGCCCAGCCGUCGUCAAGGGCUAAUCGGUCGCGACAGCGUCUUCAGUGAGGAAGCGUGGUCGUCUUACGUCACAGCAUAAGAGCGCUUCGCCGUCAAUCUCCAGCCACAAUGAACAAUUCCUCGGUUCUCUCGUAUCUCCUGCUGCUGGUAUUGGUGCACAGCUCCUUUGCCUCCAAGAUACUGGUCAUCGCACCAUCGCCUGCCAUAAGUCACCAGAAACCGUUUCAUACGCUAACUCAGGCUUUACUUCAACGAGGCCACGAGAUCACUUUUCUUACUACGAAUCCUCUAAAUCUUGGUCACGAGAAUCUAACGGAAAUUGACCUGGCUCCAGCUUAUAAACUUCAAAAUGAGGUUAAUUUUGUAGACUGGGCUUACAUGUCACCUGUGGAAACUCUGAACCUGAUUUGUGACCUAUGUUAUGACGUGGUUCGAGUGCAACUGAGUCAGCCAGCGGUACAGGAUUUUAUCAGGAGAAAACCCACUUUCGACCUGAUGAUCAUCGAGCGACUGUCGUACCAAGCCUACUACGGGAUGGCCCACUUGGUCGGAUCGCCUCCUCUGGUUGGUUUUGUGACGAUGACCAAUUUCGCACCCGUAUACCAUAUGUAUGGCAGUCCCAUGAACCCUGCCUAUCUGCCCGAUCUCUGGGUGGGAUUAUCUGAUCAUAUGACCUUCUGGCAACGUCUGUACAACACUUACUUCUAUCUAAGGCUCUAUUACAUGUGGUUCUGUCGAGUAAUCCCAGAACAGGAGAGCGUAAUGCGAGAAUUCUUCGGAACGGCACCACCACCAGUUUACGAGACGGAGUUCAACUUCAGCCUCCUCAUCACCAAUAACGACUUCUCCUUGGAGUACGCACGGCCGCUGACGCCAAACAUCAUUGAAAUCAAUGGCAUCCACGUACCGGUGGAAGUCGAACCGUUAUCUGAGGAUAUCCAGAAGUUCCUGGAUGGAGCAGAGCAUGGCGUGAUCUACUUCAGCCUCGGUUCGAACGUGAAAAGCACUAACCUCCCCCCUGAGAUGAUCCAGAACAUCCUGCAGGUAUUCAGACAGCUGCCACAGCGUGUCCUCUGGAAGUGGGAGAACGACUCGCUGCCUUCUCAGCCGGAGAACGUCAUGACCCGAAAGUGGCUGCAGCAGCCGUCUGUGCUGGCUCACCCGAAAGUCCGCCUUUUCAUAAUGCAGGGUGGUCUCCAGAGCUUGAACGAGGCCACGUACCAUGCGGUUCCAUUGGUGGUCAUCCCGGUCUUCUCUGACCAGCACCACAACGCUGCAAAGAUUGCACAGUCACGGAUUGGCGUCAGGUUGAAUAUUCAAGACGUCACGAAAGACACAUUUCUGCGUUCCAUACGUACGGUUCUGGAAGACACGACGUACAAGGAUAACAUGAAGAGGCUGUCGGCCGUGUUCCGCGAGCACAGGGCGGACUCCCUGGAGCGGGCGGUGUGGUGGGUGGAGUACGUGAUCCGCCACAGGGGGGCCCCACACCUGCGCAGCGCUGCCCUCGACCUGCACUGGUGGCAGCUGCUGCUGCUCGACGUGGUCGCCUUCCUGCUGGCUGUCGCCGCCCUCACACUCUACGUCGUCUACUUCGUCACGCGGCGGGCAGUCUCCUUCUUCAAAGGCAACAAACAGAAGCAGAAGCAGAAGAAGCAGUGAUCAACUGAAAGUGGAUUCCGUCAAAUCUUUCAUUAGGAACCGCAGACUCACCAAUAUUUCAAAAUGUGUGCUUCUCUGAGGAUAAUACUUCAGGAAUCACAGUCUAUACCAUCAAGUUAUGAAGAAGUUAUUUCAUGUCAUUGCAACAGUAUUCUAUUUAUAUUUAGAUGUAGUGUGUUGGAUUGUAUUGGAGUCAGUCGACUGUAGGAGCAUAAUUCCAAUUCCAGUCCUCAUUAGAAUAACAUGUUAUUAAUUUAAGUGGAUUACAAUCAUGUGCAUUUACAAUGGACAGAAAUAAAGUUUUAACGAUCACCCAUUUCCAGACAAACGGGUAAAUCGUGAUACACAUUAUGUAACCUUCCCCUCACUUAUCGACCUUAAUGACAGUGAAAAAUUAAACCGCAUGCACCUAAUGGAAAUUUGGGAAAAGCAAUCGUCACCGAAGUUAAUUUGUCGGUAAAGAGGGAGGAAAGGGUUACAUCUAAAUGAAAGGAAAAAUGCAAAUGAAAUUGGUGGAAAUUAAUUUUGAGAAAGGGGUAAAAUUAAUAAAGAAACUAAAUGUGUGGUCGUUACAUUAACAAUUAAUUGGCGUUAAUUAGAUAUUUGAGAUUUGGGGGAAAUUACGGUCGCCAGUCCUAUGGACAACUACUACAAUAACUGAAAAUGAAAGAUUAAUGCACAUAUAAUUAGCACUAAAGGCGUGGCAACUGAAGCUUGACACUUGUUGUGUGAAAACUGAAUGUUUGUCAGAAGUAAUAAGUUUCGCUACACUCUGACUUAAUUUAGCAAAAUAAAACCGGAAAAUUGAAAGUUAAUUUAGUGACUGAAAUUAAUAGUGAACUUUGUUUCUGAAGCACUACGAAAUUCAAUAAAAUAAGGCUAGUCUUGGGCUUCCUCAAUAAUCAUUUCAAAAGCUACUUGAAUCUACGCAAUUUAGAAAUAAGAGAUUUAAUUUUGAACUUGAAUUAAAUGGUUCGGAACAAUUAGCAAUAGUAAAAUUUAGUACGUACCAAGCUGAGCUGCAGUCAGAGGUAAGCUAAAA